CAGUAGAGAAAAGAGAUCACCACAGAGAGGGAUGGAGGAAAUCCGCCUGCUGACCUUCAUAGCGUAGUCUCCCAGUGGUGUUGUUUUGCCCAGUCUCUCUGCUGUUGCUCUUCUUGUUGCCCAUCCCUGGGGGGUCCAGUGUCCUGUUACAACUCCGCACCUUUCGGUAGAGAUUCCCAGGUCACGGACUUGGAGGUCGAUUCGAUAGCAGUGCUUCGGUAGCAGUCUCGGAUCUUCAUUGCCCCGCGGCUACUAGCGGUGUCAUGAGCUCGUUACUGCGAAUUCGCAGCCUCGUCAGGCUAGGUGCAUGGUAACAUCGUAGACACCUUUGCUCGCGGACUUCUUCCCCACUCACACAUCCGUUGUAGGCUCGCUUGCUCUCAGCCGCCCUCUAAGUCUAAGCCGUUCGUCAUGACGGUUGCGUGGCGCCUCGCUGUUACAGCGCGUUGCGUCGUGACAUGGCGUCCUGUUUCCUCGCUGCUGCGCCCGCGUUCUCCGACUUUCUUGGUCGCGUGCCUGCUACUCUGCGCCCUCACGGCACCCUUCGCCUCCUCGCCUGCUUCCGCGACCGGAACUCCUUCGCCUGAUGCGGACGUUCUUCUCCGCGUGCGCGCGACGCUUCAGCUGUCGCAGGAGCUCGCACUGCCGUCGUGGUCCGAUGCGACGAGUCCGUGCGACGGCGGCUGGGAGGCGGACGUGAGAUGCGAUCCCGACACCAACCAGGUCAUCCAUCUCGACGUGUCCAACUUGCAGCUGUCGGGUCCCAUCCCGGGCGCAGAGCUCGCCCAGCUCGCCUACCUCACGUACCUGGCGCUGGACGGCAACAGGUUUUCAGGCUCGCUGCCUGCAGACCUUUCCAGGCUAUCAGCGCUUAAGCACCUAUCGAUGGAAGGCAAUGCAGUGGAGGGGCCCAUACCCGACGACGUGCUGCACUCUCUCACUGCCCUCACCCUGCUCAACCUCAAGAUGAACAACUUCUCGGGCCAGCUGCCAGAGUCAGUGGGGACACUCACCAAUCUGGUUGCACUCAACCUGGGAGCCAAUCAGCUCGCAGGCGAGAUCCCAGCAAGCUACUCCGCCCUGUCGCAGAUGGUCUACUUCAAGGCGUCUCGCAACAAGCUGGACGGGUCCAUUCCUGACUGGCUCGCCUCCUGGCCUCGACUCAUGGACCUCGAGCUCUUCAAGAACGGCUUCACAGGCUCCAUCCCCGGUUCCCUUGGCAACGUGCAGUCGCUGGUCGCCCUCUCGUUGGACGAAAAUGCCCUGUCGGGCUCACUGCCUGAGUCCCUGGGAUCGCUGCCGCGCCUCGAAGCACUCUAUGUGGUUUCCAACAACCUUGAAGGGCCCAUUCCGGAUUCGUUCAGAGGCAUGCAGAGCCUCAAGUAUAUUGACCUGAGCUUCAACCUGCAGCUCUCAGGCCCGCUCCCCGACUUCCUCGGCUCCAUGCCCGCACUCGAGUCCGUUGCCUUUGAGUCGUGCGGCUUCUCUGGCCCCAUUCCGCCGUCCCUGGCGUCGCUCCCCCAUCUGAAGGAGCUCUUCCUCGACCACAACUCGCUGCAGGGCGCCCUGCCCCCCUCUCUAGCAUCCCUCUCAGCGCUCACGGCGCUCUACCUCAACAGCAACCAGCUCUCGGGGGAGAUUCCCGAGGACCUGUGCGGGCUGCAGUCGCUGGGGGUGCUCAUGCUGGGGCAUAACGACCUGGAGGGGAGCAUUCCUGCGUGCCUGCUGGCCCUACCCAGCAUCACGUCUCUGGACGUGUCGUCCAACCGCCUCUCAGGCGCCCUCCCACCCGUCCCUCCUGCCUCCGACAUCGACUUCCGAGCCAACGGAAACUGCCUGGAAGGAGCGCCGCAGCAGCUCUCCCCUUGCCCCACAGGAUCCCGCUCCUCCUCGACCCCUUCUUCCCCUUCCUCACCUUCCUCCACCCCUUCAACCGGCUCUGAAGGCAGUAGCAGCAGCGGCGGCAGCACUGGUGGCAGCACGGGCGCUGGCAGUACGGGCACUGGGGGCAGUGGUACUACUUUGGACAGCAUUUGGAAUGCGCCCCCUUCCUUGGAGGAGGGCGCAUGGCCUGGCCGUGGCAGCAGCAGCAGUGGCGGCAGCACCAGCAGCACCAGCAGCAGCAGCAGUGGCAGCAGCAGCAGCAGCAGCAGUGGAGCGUCUUGGAGUGACAUUUGGAGCUCGUCCCCCUCCCUGGAGGAGGGCGCAUGGCCCGUGGACCAGCAACUGCAGAGAGACGACCAGAGGAAUGGUGGAGCAGGGGCAGGGGCAGGGAAAGGGGAGCAGCAGGGAUUACCGGCGCAGCAACAACAGUCACUGCCAGCGUCACCCGUGCAGCGGCAAGAGCCUCCGCCAGUUGAACCGCCACCAGUUCAGCCUCCCCCUGCCCAGCCUCCCCCAGUGGAGGCUGCCCCCCAGGCGACAUACUACGGUGUGUCAGCAAUGGCUGCUGCCGAUCAAGGCAGCAGCACGGACAGCGCCAACCCCUCUGCAUCGUCAGGGGGGUGGUCGUGGCUGCAGUUCCUGCUGCUGGCGCUGGGCGUGGCGUCUGCCAUCGCCAUCGCUGCUGCGUGCUUUGGAUACAUCACCCAGCGCCGACCCCCCUCCUCCUCCUCCACGUCCUUCGCUGCUGUUGCCCCACCUCUCAACCUGCCUCCUCCACGCGUUGAAGAGCUCCCAGUGACAGAGUACGGGCUGUCGAAAAUCAAGCGCGCCACCAAGAACCUGACGACGCUGUACGGCAAGGGCAGCUUCGGCGCCGUGUACCUCGCAGAGCACUUCCUGCCGGACCAUGCCAACCCGCACGUCAUCAUCAAGAGGGCGCACGACCCCGAGAAGAUGACGGAGCAGCAGUUUAAGGAGAAGGUGGACGAGCUGGCGCGGCCGCGGCACAGGUGUCUGGUGGCACUGGUGGGGUACUGCAUGGGCAAGACGGAGCGCAUGCUCGUCUUCGAGUACAUGCCCUACGGCACGCUCUUUGACCGCCUGCACCGAUCCAAUCUGGACCCCAUGCCAUGGGAUGCGCGUGUGCGCGUGGCGGUCAACGUUGCCUCUGCCCUGGCGUACCUGCACCACGGGAUCGAUCCACCCCUCACCCACCGAGCCGUCACCUCUUCCAAUGUGCUGCUGGGCGCUGACAUGACCGCCAAGCUCUCUGACUAUGGCCUGGCCCGUGGCUCUGCCUCCCAGGCAGCGGACGACUUGGCCCGGCGCCGCAGGGCGCACCGCAGCUCGCGCAGCCGCGGCACGAGCAUCGGCAGCAUGGGGCAGCUGGAAGGAAUGCGAGGGGGGGGCAGCAGUGACUCUUUCGGUAGCAGCGUGGGAGCCCCGUCGUUUGGGAGUGGGAGGAGGGGGGACGGGGGUAGUGGGCGGGAGCUGCAGCCAGUGCUGUCACGGGAAAGCACGCCGGAACUCUCGAGGGAAAACACUCCUGACUUAGUGAGGGAAAGCGCACCGACUUUGUCACGGGAGGACACUCCGGAACUGUCGAGGGAAAAUACGCCGGAAUUUUCUAGGGAAAACACCCCGGUUUAUUCGAGGGAGAACACGCCGAUUCUGAGUCGGGAGAACACGCUUUCUGCUCUGGACGAGCGCAAGGCGGACGUGUAUGGGUUCGGAGUGGUGCUGCUGGAGCUGAUCACGGGGCAGAAGGCUAUGCAGGACGUGCACAUCACCAACCUGGCAGCGCCCUUUCUGGAGGACGACCAGAUGAUGCCGCUCAUGGCGGAUAGUGCACUUGCAGGCUACUUCAACCAGGACGAGCUGGUGGCGCUAGCCACCAUCGCGCGGGACUGCGUGCACCAGGCGCCCUCGCAACGCCCCUCCAUGCUGGACGUGCUGCGGGCGCUGGAGGAUGCCGUCGACGAGGACCUCUUCGACCCCCUCCAGGGCCCCACCUCGCGCCUCCUCUCGCCCUCCUCCACCGCGAGUGGGGCCACCGGGGACCGGUACACUGCCUUGGCUAAUGACGGUGCUUUUGAUGAUGCUGGGGGGGUUGGGGGUGUUGGUGGAAUGGGGGGAGGGGGAGGGGGAGGAGGAGGAGGAGGAGCGUGGAAAGCAAGUGCCGGGUCGUCAAUUAUGGAUGUUAUUUCAGCGUCGUUCCGGAGGCGAGGGGGCGGGGAGAAGGGUGCGGGGAGGCGGGGGGAUGGGGCGCAGAGGGGGCCAGGGCAGGGGCCCCCGUCGCCGAAUCGGUCAGGGAGGAGCGAUGGAAUGGAUGUGGAGAGCUCUUCACUCCUGUACAUCACACCCAAGGGGCACUGAGCCUUUUUUUAGGCGCCUAAAAAACGGGGUGUGGGUGAGGGUGGGGGGGGGGGGGGGGGCAGGGUGUGGCCAAAUCGGUCAGGGAGGAGCGAUGGGAUGGAUGUGGAGAGCUCAUCUCUGCUAUACAUCACAUCCAAGGGGCACUGAGCUGUUGCCUCCUUCCCACGGCGUGUUACGUUUGUUCUUCCUUCGUGUUCAUAUUAUGGUAUAUGAUGUAACUACAUGUUGCAUGGGUACUUUCAGAACAAUGCAUUGAAGAGAAACAAGGGAUACAAGGGAAUAUAUGGUUGGGUGUUAUACUCUCUAAGAGAAUGAACCCUUCUAGCCUAUAACUUCUACAUUUACAAUAUAUGCAAACGUUGACACCCCUUAAGCUAGACAAGGGGCAGUGCCUAGCGAUAGACACGCACGCA